AAGCCAAGACAGAGAAGUGUAUCUUCGUUCAAGUUUUUGCUAUUUUGUGUGGCUUAUCCUUCUUGUCUGUCUUAAAAUUCUUGCCAAAACCCUCGCCUCUCCAUUCAGCAGAGAAACAUCGAAUCUCUUACUAAUGUAUCGUUGUCUCGUAUAAUCUCAUUCGGAAAGAAAAAGAGGGUUUCAAGUUUCUCUCUUUACUCCUUUUCCUGGGCUGAAUGAGCUCUCCCAAUGCCUUCUUUAGGUACCUUCUCUGAUUUUGCUCCUGUCCACCCUUCCUUGCAAGCUCAUCUUGUUCCACAGAGUAUUAACCAUGCUAAAACCCUACCUAAUCCAUGGAUACAAUCCACUUUCUCCAAGACUUCGAAAUUUUACACGGGUCAUCUUUAUGUACGAAGACGCAAAGUCCUUAUCACUGCAGUGGCCACUGUUGAAACCAAAUAUCCUGCUCAGAAAGAACAAGAGCAAAGCUAUCCCUUUUCUUCUUCUGAUGCUUCAAAACCCUCUGAUGAUGGAGAAGAUGUGGAUGAUAGCGAAAAGUUGAGAAGGAUGAGGAUCUCCAAAGCAAAUAGAGGGAACACUCCUUGGAACAAAGGCAGGAAGCAUAGUCCUGAGACCCUACAGAAGAUUAGAGAAAGGACAAAGAUUGCAAUGCAAAACCCAAAGAUCAAGAUGAAGUUAGCAAACCUCGGACACGCUCAAAACGAGGAGACACGGUUGAAGAUUGGGGAGGGAGUGCGGAUGCGAUGGGCAAGGCGGAAGGAGAUGAGGAAAGUGCAGGAGACAUGUCAUUUCGAGUGGCAGAACUUGCUAGCAGAAGCUGCUAGAAAAGGAUAUACAGACGAACAAGAGUUUCUGUGGGAUUCUUACAAGAUUAUGGAUCAGCAGAAUCAGCUGGAAUGGCUGGUGAGUGUAGAGCAGAGGAAAGCCGUUAGAGGAGCUAAAAGCAACAGAAGAGCUCCAAAAUCUCCGGAACAAAGAAGGAAAAUUGCAGAGGCAAUUGCUGCUAAAUGGGCUGAUCCAGCUUACCGUGAAAGGGUUUGCUCUGGCUUGGCGAAGUAUCACGGUAUACCUGAAGGUGGCGAAAGGCGACGUAGAAGACCAAGUGGGAAUGCAGAGCCUAGAAAGAAGAACCCUACAAGUAAAACUACAAGAGAACCAGAGACCGAACGGCAAAUUAAAGUUAAAGUAGUGAAAGUAAGAAAGCGCAGAACACCUGUUUAUAAAGAUCCUCUCGCGAGUACUAAACUUGAAAUGAUAAAAAGCAUCAGAGCAAAAAGAGUUGCAGAAGAAUCUAAGAAGAUGGAUGCUGUGGAACGAGCAAGGCUUUUGAUCAGGGAAGCUGAGAAAGCUGCCAAGGUCCUUGAGAUUGCUGCUAUGACAAGCCCUGUUGCUCAAACAUCUUUGCUAGAGAGUAAAAUGCUCAUAACAAAAGCAACACAGCUGAUUGAAUCUAUAGAAAUGAGGCAGAUAGCUUCAGAUGAGGAUGCGACUUCACCUCAGCCUAGUAAUAGUCUUCCUGAUGUAGACACUGAAUCCGAUCAAGAACAACCAGGAGAUGUUAACGGAACAUACACAUUCACCAUCAACGGAGAGAGUCUUCACUUGAACAUGAAGCCUAGCGAUUUGCCGACAUUCAACAUAGAAGGUACUACAAAACAACCAAACGGAACCAGAGUCUAUCCACCACCAGAGUCUAAUGGAGCUAUCAAGCUUACUGAGAGCCCUUAUCUUCCAAAUGGUUCAAACGUGUACCAGGGAACGGAAGAAAAGGCUGAGUCUUUGGAGUCAGGAAAUGUAACUAAGAAGUGGGUUCGUGGAAGGCUUGUAGAAGUCGCAGAAGCAGCCUGAAAUCUUAUCAACCUUGUUGCAGUGAUUUAGCAGAGAGUUUUUUUUUUCAUAUUGUUCAAGUAGUGAUUCAAAGUUUUGGCUUCUUUUGGUCUCAUCAUUGCUUGAGAGAAGCAAUUUUCCAGUUUGAGAGAUGUACCAGUUGUAUCUAUAAACUCAAUUGUAUGUCAGAGUUUCAGGUUAUUAAACUAUUCUCCACAGC